GUCUUGAUCAUUGGAGGAGGAGUUGCUGGUCUGGCUUCUGCGGGAGCAGCUAAAUCAAUGGGUGCAGUGGUUCGUGGAUUUGAUACUAGAGCUGCAGCUCUGGAACAGUUCAAGUCUCUUGGUGCUGAGCCUUUGGAAGUAGACGUAAAGGAAUCUGGAGAGGGACACGGUGGUUAUGCUAAAGAAAUGUCCAAGGAAUUUAUUGAAGCUGAAAUGAAACUCUUCGCCAAGCAGUGCCAAGAUGUUGAUAUUAUCAUCACUACAGCACUUAUUCCAGGCAAAAAAGCUCCUGUCUUGUUUAAGAAAGAUAUGAUUGAAUCAAUGAAGGAAGGUUCAGUUGUUGUGGAUUUAGCUGCAGAAGCAGGGGGAAACAUUGAGACCACAAAGCCUGGAGAACUGUAUAUCCAUAAGGGUGUUACACACAUUGGCUACACAGACUUGCCUAGCAGAAUGGCUACUCAGGCCAGUACUCUAUAUUCCAAUAACAUUAUCAAACUCCUAAAGGCUAUUAGUCCUGACAAAGAGAACUUCUACUUUGAUCCAAAAGAUGAAUUUGAUUAUGGAACUCUGGAUCAUGUUAUUAGAGGAACCGUAGUAAUGAAGGAUGGCAAGGUGAUUUUCCCAGCACCUCCUCCAAAUAACAUUCCUCAAGGAGCCCCUGUGAAGCAGAAGACUGUAGCAGAGCUGGAAGCGGAAAAAGCAGCUGCUAUUACACCUUUUAGAAAAACUAUGACUAGUGCAUCUGUGUACACGGCAGGUUUAAGUGGCAUGUUAGGACUGGGCAUUGCAGCUCCUAAUACUGCUUUCACGCAAAUGGUGACAACGUUUGGACUUGCUGGAAUAGUGGGAUAUCACACAGUAUGGGGUGUGACUCCUGCACUUCAUUCUCCACUCAUGUCAGUGACUAAUGCUAUCUCAGGACUAACUGCAGUUGGUGGGCUGGUAUUGAUGGGAGGAAACUAUCUCCCUGAAAACACUCCUCAAACUCUAGCAGUGCUUUCAGCUUUUAUCUCUUCAGUCAAUAUUGCAGGUGGGUUUCUAGUUACACAGAGAAUGCUGGAUAUGUUCAAACGUCCCACAGAUCCUCCAGAGUACAACUACUUGUACCUGCUUCCUGGUGGUGUAUUUGUCGGAGGCUAUGCAGCUGCUCUCAGUGGUGGCUAUGAUAUUGAACAGAUGAUGUAUCUGGGUUCAGGCUUAUGCUGCGUUGGUGCCCUGGCUGGUCUGUCCACCCAAGGAACAGCUCGCCUUGGAAAUGCUUUGGGUAUGAUUGGUGUUGCCGGAGGUUUAGCAGCAACUCUUGGAGGGCUUAAACCCUCACCUGAAUUGUUGGCACAGAUGUCAGGCGCAAUGGCACUUGGUGGUACCAUAGGUUUGACGAUUGCUAAACGCAUCCAGAUUUCAGAUCUGCCUCAGCUCGUGGCUGCUUUCCAUAGUUUGGUUGGUUUGGCUGCUGUGCUCACCUGUGUAGCAGAAUACAUCAUUGAAUAUCCUCACUUUGCUACUGAUCCAGCUGCGAACCUCACCAAGGUUGUGGCAUACCUUGGCACGUACAUUGGUGGAGUGACUUUCAGUGGCUCUCUUGUUGCUUAUGGAAAACUGCAAGGUAUCCUGAAUUCUGCACCACUGCUCUUGCCUGGUCGACAUGCAUUGAAUGCAGGAUUGCUGGCCGCCAGCUUUGGUGGAAUGAUUCCAUACAUGAUUGAUCCUAGUUACACUACGGGAAUUACUUGCUUAGGUUCUGUGUCCGCUCUCUCAACCAUAAUGGGUGUCACUUUAACAGCAGCUAUUGGAGGUGCUGACAUGCCUGUAGUUAUUACUGUCCUGAACAGUUAUUCCGGAUGGGCUUUGUGUGCUGAGGGCGUCCUGACCAUUGUUGGUGCACUCAUUGGCUCCUCUGGAGCCAUCCUCUCUUACAUCAUGUGUGUGGCUAUGAACCGUUCCCUUGCAAAUGUGAUUCUGGGGGGUUAUGGCACCACAUCAACAGCUGGUGGGAAGCCCAUGGAAAUUACUGGAACCCACACAGAAAUCAAUGUGGACAAUGCAAUUGAAAUGAUAAAGGAGGCCAAUAAUAUUAUUAUUACUCCAG